UCCUUCUUCUUCCUCCUCCUUCUUCUUCCUCUCCCCCUCCCCCUUCUUCCUCUUCCAAAAUGUAAAAAUUCAGAAAAAUAAUUGCAAAUCUGCAGCACGUCAUCGCCCCUCUUCCUCAUCUUCCUCCCUCUUCUUCCUCUUCCAAUUUUUGGCAAAAAUUCCUUCUUCCGUCACGGCCCCUCUCCGAUUAACGCACGCUGGGCCUGGCCGCGGGACGGUCAUCAGGCCGGGAACGCGGCCCUGGGACCGGCCCAGGCCGUGCCGCUCUUCCGUGUAACGUGUGGGACGGGCCGGGACUCGCGAUUUGCGGCCUGGCCCGGCCUGUAGCGUUAAAGAUGCUCUAACCAGAUCCUAAAACUCAGGAUUGACUCAACUCAUAAAAUUUUGGUAUAUAUUUGAUCCCCGCUUUCACAAACAAUUGGUGGCGGCGCCAACAAUCCAACGCAACAACGCCCUUUGGUAACUCCGUACACGUCACACCGCCACACUCGUUCAUCCUUUCCCUCUUUGAUCAUUUUCUCCGCCAAAUUUCAUUCAAUUCUUUUCUUUAUUCUAUCAUCAAUUCCACCUUUUGACAAAACAACUUCUGCUUCCUCUUCAUAAUUAGCUACCAAAUUGUGCUAGUUGAGUUGGGAAUUUUGACUACAAUCUACCGAAUAUGAGUUUUGAGUACCUCGAAUCGGGCCGGGCCUUGAUUCCUCUUGCUGGGGCAAGGCACAUUGAGCACGGCCCGUCUCGAGCCCUUGCUGCCGGCGUCUUCAGGAUCAACACCGCUGUCGCUGGAUAUAAACGCCUCGUCAAUUGCAUCGGAGCUCCGCGAGACACCGUCGACCUCCGUCAUAAUCUCCUUAAAACUAGGUUACAGGUUAGGGAGCUGGUGAAGGAGACUUCAGCAGAGCUUGAUCGUGUUCGACAAACCUACAAGUAUAACGAAGUCAAUGACAGCAAGAAAAUUGCUGAUGCUAAGCUUACAAAAGAUUAUGAAUCUGUUCUGAAAGACUUUGAAAGGGCUCAGCUGCUUGCAGCAGAGAAGGAAAAGGCUUUUCCUCACCCCAUUGCUAAUAAUACUCGUCAGCCGAGCAAUAGAGCCAGUGAGCUGGAGAUAAGUUCUUUGAAUCCCAUGCAGGCAUCUCUGGUUAGAGAAUCCAAUAGACGGGUCAUGCAUAUGGAAAAUGAGAUAGUUCUUAAUGAAGCCAUUAUUGACGAAAGGGAGCAAGGCAUCAGAGAAAUUCAGAAGGAAAUUGGUGAGGUUAAUGAAAUCUUCAGGGAUCUGGCUCAAUUGGUUAGUGCACAAGGAGCUUUGAUAGGCGAUAUAAGCUCAAAUAUUGAGAGUUCCCAUGCUGCAACAGGUGAAGGUGCUAACCAACUUGCUAAAGCAUCCAAAACUCAAAGAUCUACAUCAUCUAUGACUUGUUUGAUGCUGGUUAUUGUGGGGAUCAUUCUGCUCAUCGUAGUGGUUGUCGUUGUUUCAUAAUCUGAGUUUCAACAACAUAUAUUCAAUUCAAAGGCCAAGAAUGGUUUUUACACAUAAAGACUAAUCUACUCUCCCUUGCUACUUCAUACGGGAUCGCUGCUUUGUUUACCGGCUGGUACAGAUGAAUUUUAUUUCCUUUAUGUAACUUUUUACCAUGUACAUAAUUCUACCGGGGCAUUUUUUUGUCUAAAGGGAGAAGAUAAUAUAAGUCUUCCCAUAUAUGGAGCAUUACUAUUUCAUAUUCCAAUUAUUUGUUGCAGAUUAUAAUCCUUGUUAUUUUUCACUUUAACAAUGUAAGCCAUGGACAAGAUAUUCCAAUAUCAUAGUAGUUGUUUUUAA